GCAUGUAUCAAAUCGAAGGACUGAUGAUUAUCAACACUGACAUGUAGGACUUUGGUCAUUCAGAAGGGCUAUCAACAAGAAAGAAAGGGGAGGGAGGUGGGCAGUUAUGCACGUUGUCGUGAACCCCUUGGAUCCCAUUAAGCAAAACCCGAAGGUGUAUAUACUGUACAGGGGUGUACAUAAAUGAACAUUGUACACGUACAUCUACUAACAUGCACUAACGAAUGGAUGUCCUACAGUUACUUUCCAUCUUUGUCAGCAUCUGUAUUGUAAAAGGCAAAGAGAAACUACCAAACAUAGUGAUAUUUCUGGCUGAUGAUCUUGGAAUGGGAGAUGUUGGCUGCUUUGGUAACACCACCCUGAGCACUCCUCAUAUUGACAGUAUAGCUAGACAAGGGGUAAGGCUAACCCAGCACCUCACUGCGGCACCCACUUGUUCUCCCAGUAGAGCAGCUCUACUGACAGGAAGGCUGCCAAAAAGAUAUGGUUUUGAUUCUCCAUUGAGAAUGACUAUCAUUCCAUUUGUGGCCUGCACCUCUGGGUUGCCUAGUGAUGAAGUGACAUUUGCAGAAAUUGCCAAACAAGCAGGAUACAAGACUGCUUUUAUUGGCAAGUGGCAUGUUGGUACCUACUGUGACAAUACAGGGGAUCCUUGCCACCAUCCACUACGACAAGGAUUUGAUUACUUCUACGGACUACCACUCACCAACCUCAAGGAUUUUGGUGAUGAUGGAAACUCUGUCAUUACCACUUUUAGACCAACAGUCAAUUAUGAGAUUGCAUUUUAUUUCUUCAUCGCAGUUGCAACAAUUGUAAUCUUCAAAAGAAAAAAUCUGUUGGGUUUUUACACUAGCACAGUUUCAAUUAUAAUUUUAACUGUAUUUAUGCUGUAUGUUGUGUUUUUUGUAAACAAUAUCAAAAUGCUCAACAGCAUAUUGAUGAGAAAUUAUGAAGUCGUAGAACAACCUGUGCACCUGGAGACAAUCACCAAAAAAUUGGUUCAAGAUGGACGCCAGUUCCUCCAGGAACAAGCUAAAGGUGACCAGCCAUUCUUGCUCUUCAUGUCAUGGACUCAAGUCCACACUGCACUGCGUACAUCUGAGGAGUUCUAUGGUAGCAGUCAGCAUGGACUAUAUGGGGAUGCUGUACAGGAGUUAGACUGGGGAGUUGGGCAGGUGCUUGAGACAUUAAACACACUUGGGCUCCAGGAUAAUACUUUCAUUUAUUUCUCCUCUGACAAUGGGGGUCAUGUUGAGGAAAAAGGUCUUGAUGGGAGCAGGCAAGGAGGAUUUAAUGGAAUCUACAGAGGUGGCAAGCUUCAGGGCAGCAUGGAUGGUGGCAUUAGAGUACCCUCAGCUGUCAUGUGGCCUGGUCAGUUACCAGCAGGAGUGUCCAUAGAAGAAAUGACCAGUCAGAUGGACCUCCUCCCAACACUGGCUCACAUGAUGAGGCAGUCUCUUCCUGGAUCUACUGAGCUGGAUGGAAAGAACCUGUUGCCAUUGUUGAAGGGGGAGAAGAGAGUGAGUCCACACCAAUUUCUCUUCCAUUACUGUGCCCAGGACCUUCAUGCUGUCAGAUAUCAGCCAAGAGAUGGCUCUGCCACCUGGAAGUUGAUAUAUGCUAGUUACAACUGGUUACCAGGAACAGAAGGCUGUGGAUACACAUGUAGUUGUUAUGUUGAUGCAGUAUGGCACAGCCCACCAUUAUUAUAUGACGUCAAGAGUGAUCCAUCUGAGAAAACAGCUGUGUCGCCAUCUACAGCCCAAUACCAGAAUCUGUUGGCCAUUAUUACCAAGGCUGUUGCAGAGCAUUCAAAGACAUUUGCAUAUGUAGAGAGUCAGUUCAGUACACCAAAGCUUUUGUGGAGGCCUUGGCUACAGGAUUGUUGUAAUUUUCCUUAUUGCAACUGUGCUGAUAGUAUGCAUCAAAUUAAUUGAUAUGUUACAGUAAUGAGCAUACCAAGAUGUACUAGUCCUGUAACAUGCUCUGACCAGAGUGAUACAUUGUGCUUCCAUUCCAGUAAUCCUACAUGCAGACCAGUAUCAAUUUAAAACAAAGGUGUCUGGAAUGUAUGACCAUUCCUGUUUAAAGCUACACUACCUGAAAUUUAAGCUUUGCAAAGAUGGCUGGUAUUUUCUAUGUCUACGUAUCCAUAUCCUUCCAGUUAUAAAGGGAUGAAACUGCUCAAAUCAACUGAAAUGUACAGGAACACAUAGUGGUCUAAACAGGGGAAACAUUUCAUUGCUAGUUCAU